GGAGGCUAGCGUGUUUCCCAUGGCUACACCAAGCUUUCACAUGGAGGGGGGGGGUUAGUUUAUUUGCCUUCCUUAUUAGUGGUGACUUAAUUAUUGUUACUAUUAUCUUAAGCAGCUGUUAUUUAGUUCAUUAAUUGAAACGGGUGAAAUAAUAGAGAUAUUAGGGACGGGGAGAGCAGCUCCAGGAGUCGUGACGUCGCCCCGAAGCUCUAACAUGAGGAGGAUUGUUUGGCUGUAACCCUGCCCAGACCGGAGGCUGCUGGUAGGGAUGGUGCCGCUGUGAAGAGCCGGGGUGCCGUUUUUCCGAGGACAUGCCUGCGGUCGGUGGAAAAGGGAGGAAGUGCCUGGACAACAUGACUGUUUUCAACCAAGAAAAUGUUGAGGAAUUUUACGUUAUUGGAGACGAGCUGGGGAGUGGACAGUUUGCCGUGGUCAGAAGAUGUCGACACAGGAAUACGGGUGUGGAGUACGCUGCCAAAUCCAUCAAGAAACGACGCAGCAAGUCGAGUCGCCGGGGGGUGACGAGGGAAGACAUCGAGCGUGAGGUGAACAUCCUGAAGGACAUCCAGCACCCCAACGUCAUCACGCUCCAUGAAGUCUUUGAAAACAAGGCAGAGGUCAUCCUGAUCCUCGAGCUCGUGGCCGGCGGUGAGCUCUUCGACUUCCUGGCAGAGAAGGAGUCGCUGAGCGAGGAGGAAGCCACUCAGUUCCUCAAGCAGAUCCUGGAUGGAGUCUUCUACCUGCACGCCAAACAGAUCGCUCACUUUGACCUUAAGCCGGAGAACAUCAUGCUGCUGCACCGCUCAGUGCCUCACCCGCGCAUCAAGAUCAUCGACUUCGGCCUGGCCCACAAGAUAGAUUUUGGCAAUGAUUUUAAAAACAUCUUUGGGACUCCAGAAUUUGUAGCUCCAGAGGUAGUCAACUAUGAACCUCUGGGCCUGGAGGCUGACAUGUGGAGUGUUGGUGUGAUAACCUACAUCCUUCUGAGCGGUGCGUCUCCCUUCCUGGGGGACAACAAGCAGGAGACUCUGGCCAACGUGUCGGCGGUGGACUACACGUUCGACGAGGAGUUCUUCAGCAGCACCAGCAUCCUGGCCAAAGACUUCAUCACAAGGCUCCUUGUAAAAGACCCCAAAAAGAGAAUGACGAUUCAGGACAGCCUCCUGCACCCCUGGAUCAAGCCAAAAGACACCCAACAAGCACUGAGCAGGAAGGAGUCGGCUGUCAACAUGGAGAAGUUCAAGAAGUUUGCAGCUCGAAGAAAAUGGAAACAAUCCGUCCGACUUAUCUCCUUAUGCAACCGCCUGUCACGCUCCUUCCUGUCCAGAAGCAACAUGAGUGUGGCGCGCAGUGAAGACACUUUGGACGAGGAAGACUCCUUUGUGAUGAAGGCCAUCAUCCACGCCAUAAACGACGACAACGUGCCCGGCCUGCAGCAUCUGCUCAGCUCCCUGAACAGUUACGACGUCAACCAGCCCAACAAGCACGGGACACCUCCCCUUCUGAUUGCCGCCGGCUGUGGAAACGUCCAGAUCAUUGAGGUGCUGAUGAGGAAAGGUGCAGAGAUCCAGGCCAAUGACAAGAGUGGAGCCAACGCUAUCUACUACGCAGCGAGACACGGCCACGUGGAGACCCUGAAAUUCCUCCAUGAAAAGAAAUGUCCUCUGGAUGUCCAAGAUAAGUCAGGGGAGACUGCUCUUCACGUGGCGGCGCGCUAUGGCAACGUGGAUGUGGUGAGCUAUCUGUGCACCAUCCGAGCCAACCCUGACCUUUCUGACCGGGAGCAGGAGACCCCGCUGCAUUGCGCCUCGUGGCACGGAUACUCCCCAGUUGCUCGUGCUCUCUGCCAGGCAGGCUGCCACGUGGACGCAAAGAACCGCGAGGGGGAGAGUCCGCUGCUGACAGCCUCUGCUCGGGGCUUUGCAGACAUAGUGGAGUGCCUGGUGGAGCACAAGGCCGAUCUAGGGGCGACAGACAAGGACGGCCACACAGCGCUCCACCUGGCCGUACGGAGGUGUCAGGUUGACGUGGUCCGCUGCCUCCUCAGACACCACUGCCACCUGGACCAGCAGGAUCGCCAUGGCAACACGCCGCUGCACAUUGCAUGUAAGGACGGGAACCUGCCCGUUGUCACGGCGAUAUGCAGCGCCAAAGCUGGCCUCGACCUCCCCAAUAAGUAUGGCAGAACUCCCCUCCACCUGGCGGCGAACAACGGGAGCCUUGAGGUUGUCCGUCAUCUCUGCCUUGCUGGAGCUAGCAUUGACGCCGUGACCAACGAUGGAAAGACAGCAGAGGAUUUGGCUCAUGCUGACCAACAUGAACUCAUCGUUUCUCUAUUGGGAAAGCUUAAAAAGGACAACCACAAGCUAAGCUACAUCCAGCAGCUGCGGCCCACUCAGACCGUGCAGCCCAGGAUCAAGCUGAAGCUGUUCGGAAACUCCGGAGCCGGGAAGAGCACUCUGUUGGAGUCUCUGAAAUGUGGCAUCCUGCGCAGCUUCUUCAGGAGGAAGAGGACACGCAUGACCAAUACAAACCGCCACCCAAACUCCCCGGUCCACUCCAAACCUGCCGUGUCGGUGAGCAUUUCCAACCUGUACCCGGGCUGUGAGAAUGUGAGCGUGCGGAGUCGCAGCAUGAUGUUCGAGCCCAGCCUGACCAAAGGGGUCCUGGAGGUGUUCUCCCCGGUCCACAACGCUCUGUCCACAGCUGACGACCAAGCUACAAAGGCCAUCGACAUCCAGUACAGCAACAUCCACGGUGUGGGGGAGUUCAGUGUGUGGGAGUUUUCGGGGAACCCGGUUUAUUACUGCUCCUACGACUACUUUGCUGCCAACGACGCCACGGCGAUCCACCUGGUCCUGUUCUCUCUGGAGGAGCCGUACGAGACCCAGCUGGGACACAUCACCUACUGGCUGAACCUGCUCAAAGCCCUCAGCCUGCCGCAGGACAACAUCGCUUUCGGAGGUCGGACCCAGCAGCCUCUUGCAGUCGUUCUCGUGGCGACGCACGCCGACCUCGCAGACGUCCCCAGAGCGAUCUCCGGAGAGUUCACCUACGACAAGGAGAAAGCUCUGGUCAAGGAAGUCAGGAACAGAUUUGGGGUGGACAUGGAGAUCAGUGAGCAACUGUUUGUGAUGGACGCCGGGGCCUCAAACUCCAAAGACGUGAAGCUGCUGAGGAUUCACCUGCAGGAGCUCCGUGCCAGCAUCAUCUCUAGCUGUAGUCCCAUGACGCUGCUGUCGGAGCGGCUGCUCGCCACCCUGCCGACCUGGAGGAAGCUGAGUGGUCCCAACCAGCUGACGUCAUGGCAACAGUUUGUCAGCGACGUGCAGGAGCACAUCAACCCUCUGGUCAGCCAGGAUCACCUCCGCACGCUGGCCAUGCAGCUGCACAGCAUGGGGGAGAUCAACAUCAUGCAGAGUGAGACGGUGCAGGAUGUGGUCCUGCUGGAGCCUCGUUGGCUCUGCAGCCACGUCAUCGGCAAGCUUCUCUCCAUCGAGACGCCCAAGGCCAUCCACCACUACAGGGGGCGCUACAGGCUGGAGGAGGUGCAGGCUCUGGCUCCUGAGAGCGACGUGGACGAGCUGCUGCAGAUCCUGGACGCCAUGGACGUGUGCGCCCGCGACGCCACCAACCCCGCCAUGGUGGACGUUCCCGCUCUCAUCAAGACCAACGGCCUCCACCGCUCCUGGACCGAAGAAGAGGAGGAGGAGGAGUCGCUGAUUUACGGCGGCGUGCGUCUCGUCCCUGCGGAGCACCUCACCCCCUUCCCCUGUGGCCUGUUUCACAAACUGCAGGUGAACCUGUGUCGCUGGAGCCACCAGCAGAAGCCCGAGGAGGAGGGGGGGGAGAAUUUAGACGGCGAUAUCCACCUGUGGACCAACGGAGCCAAGGUGAGCCAGGGAGGAGUGGAGGCCAUGAUCCUGCUGGUCAACCACGGCCAGGGGGUGGAGAUUCAGGUGCGUGGGCACGAGUCUGAGCGGGCCAAGUGCUACACCCUGUUGGACACCGCCUGUAGUAUAACGGAGAACCUGCUGGCCUCCACGCUCCCCGGACUGCUCACAGCCAAAUACUACCUGAGUCCUCAGCAGCUGCGGGAGCACCACGCCCCCAUGAUGAUCUACCAACCCAAAGAUUUCCUCCGUGCACAAGUCCAGCGGGAGUCCUCGCUCACCAACACUAUGGGCGGCUACCGAGAGAGCUUCAGCAGCAUCCUGUCUUUCGGCUGCGCUGAGGUCUACCAGCAGGGGACUCUGGGAACAGACAUCCACAUAUCAGACGUCCCCCUGCUGGCCCGCAGGAAGCUCUGCCGCAUGCUGGACCCUCCUGACGCUCUGGGGAAAGACUGGUGCCUGCUGGCCAUGAACCUCGGCCUCACAGAGUUGGUGGCCAAACACAGCAACGGGACUCCCAAUGGCGCCUCUGAGCUAGACUCGGAGCAGGACUCCCAGCAGGCCUUGCUGCAGCCCAGCCCGACGGCGGCGCUGCUGCAGGAGUGGAGCGGGCGAGCGGACAGCACAGUGGGCGUGCUGAUGGCCAAACUGAGGGAGCUCGGCCGCAGGGAUGUCGCCGACUUCCUGCUCAAAGCUUCUCCUGUUUUCAGGGUCAACAUGGAAGCGCUGGCCAACGGCUACCCCCCCAUCUGCAACGGCGGCACGUCGUACAACUCCAUCAGCUCCGUCAUCUCCCGCUGAACUGAGCGGGGCCGGCUCUCCGUCCUCACCCAAACUGCGGAUUGUGUUUAACUUGACGUUUUCCCCCUGAAACAGGACUCGUGUGUGAAUGAACAUGAAGUGCAAUCGUUCAGCUGCUCGCUCCUUAAUCACUCCAUUAAGUUGCCGUGGGAACCAGAUGUCGUGUUUGUGCUCUCCACACCUGUAUAGCUGACCUUCCACUAUGAAUGUUGUGAAAGAGCUGAUUGUCCUGAGCUCCAAAGAAGAACCCUGUGAUUUCAUUCAGUUUCUUAAUCUUGUCGUGCUGCUUUUUAAACUCCCUUCUGCUCUACUGCACACUUAGGACUCACUCGGCUACAUUUAUAAGCUAUCAACUCUGUGAAGGGAUGAUUUUAAAAGAUGGCCGCCUCAUGUUCGGACCUUCCGUUUUUACUCACUCCAUCAGUCAUAGUUACAACAAAUAAUAUUAUUCUUUCCUUCCUACUUAUUUGUUGUUUUGUGACAUUUGAACCGUUCAGCUUAGUGUUUAAUAAAUGAAAAGCAUUUAGUCAGUGUGCCUUUGUGGCCUUCUACCUCCCUAAAGAGCACAAAUAGUCUUGUUAUUAUAAAAUAGCCCAACAUUUAAAGAACUGUGCCUUGUUGACACUAAUAGGAACAUUUCAAUCAAGUUUUUAAAUGAAACAUCCUACAUUUCAGACUUGUAAAAUGGUUAUUUAAUAAAGAAAAAAGAAAGCUAGGCUCAUUUUACAAUUACAUUUUGCCGGCAUUAAAAAAGCUGAAAUCAGAUAUCUUGCUGUUUUCUCUUUAGUGUUUGGGAGUCGCUGUCGAGAUCUAACCUUUUCUAAGAGUCUGAAGAGACGAUGUGGGGUCCUUCCUGUUUAAUGGAUGCUUUUGUGGGUUCCUACAGAUCAGCUUUGUGCUGACAAUUUAUUGUAACGGUCGCAUAAUCGCCUAAGAAACGUCCUUAAAAGAACAAUUUCAUAUGAACUAUAGUGUGACAAACUUGUUUUUAGUUGUCUUUCUUUUCCCUUGAAAGACUAUUCUGUUCAAACUGGAAGAUAAAUCUAAUUGCCCUUUUGAGCUAAUGUUCAGUUAUUAUCUUUAGUUUCUCCACCAGCAGGUAAGAGUUCAAUCUUCACUAAUCUGUUUUUUCAAUUGAUUAAAAACCCAAAGAUUUCUACCGUACAAGACGAAGAACACCAGCAAAUAUGUUUCUGUAGCCAGAACCAGUGACUUUUGGGAAAUGAGUUUUAACAUUUUGUUUAGGUUAUCGAAACGUGUCCUCGUCUGCUUACUGAUUUAUGUUUUGGUAUGUUUGUGACUUUCCAUCCAAAACAGGCUUUAGAUAAGUUUGUGUUUCUUUUGAGGGAUCGCCGUUACUACACAUGUUCCUAUCAUUAUUACCAAAUGACAAAGACAGUUAUUUCCAGGAACCUUUCAAAGAGUUUACAGUAGAAUAUCUGCCUUAUUGGACAUUUUAACCAACUAUGGAAGCUGUAAAAUAAAUUGUUCCUAUAAAUGUUUUCACUUACAAGUCUGCUCAUGUUCAGUGCACAGAAAGGGACCUUUAGCCAUUUUGAACAGGGAAGAUUUCCCCCCUAAGUGCAUUGUCUUAUUGAAGGGUAUUGGGCCUUCUACCACCUAAAUGUAUUUGCUGUAAAGGUAAAGAGACAUUUUAAAUCCUAAUGGAGCAGACACUGCUCAUCUUCCUUUACUUUAAAUAGAGUGCCACCACAAUGAUGGAAACAAAUAAAUAGAAGUUCAUGUUUUCUACUAAAAGGUCAUUUAUUAAACCCAGUAAACACACCUGACACGGCACCUUUGUGAUGCUGCCUCAUCAACGUGAAGUAACCGUCCAGUGUCAGAUUAGUAAAGGUACAUUUGAGCGUGGCUUCACAUCUCCUUUCACUUUUGUCUUUUUAUAACCUGAAGCUGCGGCCCGGCUCGGUCAGCAAAAGCAAAGUAAAAGAUGGAAUAAAGUUAGUAUUGUUAGCUGUAGAAAGGGCCAGAGGCUGCUGGUGACAGAAAUGUCGUAUCGGUGUAAGCUGGGCGUUUUAUAAUGUUUGUGAUCAGAAAACAUUUUCAUGUGUUGAUGUUUUUGGAAAAGAGUCUUUCAUUCUUAAAAAGAUGUCAAUACUGUGUGGCCCUUUUUCAGGACACUGUCACAAGUUGGUAGUAAACAGUUGCGCUGACGUGCCAGAGUGCAGUAUUUCCUGUCCGCUUUACUUUCCCAGUGUUACUGUCUGUUUUGCAGAGAUAAUGCUUUGAAUACUUUUUCAAAUAUAGUACUUCUCUAACUUUAUUUGUCUGGGCCUGAACUUGCCAAUCCACGCAGCAAUAUUUCCAGCUGUGAUGUAAAUACUCCCGGCCUGGUUCUUCACUUCCCUUUUCACCCUCUUGGCCUCAAUUAGUUGAUUCCAAUUUCAACAAGGCAAACUGAAUGUACUGCACAUCGCUCCUAAGAAUAUAAAAACGAAUCAAAGAUAUGCUACAAAUGUGCAAAAUGUACAAAUGUGAUUAAAUGUCCCAAACUGGUCAGACACAUAUUUAUACUUACUUUAUUUUUCUUUAAAAAGUUUGCCAAUGCUGUGUGCCUAAAACACACUCGUUAAUUCCUCUUAUAACUUUGUACAGUAUACAAGCGGAGAAGUCAUGUUUCAGAAAGGGAAGUGAAUAUUAUGUUUUUGUAAAAGCUGGGAAUCACUAUAUUAUUAUGAGCUUUGUCUUUAUUUCCAUAUGGUUCAGACAUAAAUGAGUGGAUUCAAAAGUAUUUGUCUGUAUGUUUUUGUUUGAUGCUUAUUCUCCCACCUUCAGAGACUGCGGUCUAAUCGCCACAUUGCACACAUUGUCUUUUUGUCGCUAUUUAUGUUACGUUAUUUUAGCAUGUCUUGGAAUGCCAUGUUGUUAGUACUUCUGACACUUUAUAGUGUAAUACAUUUUAUAAUAAAUUCUUUACCUAACGUCA